AUGGAAAAUUAUGUCCCCCACUCACCCAAAUAAUUGAGGCAGUGUAAUAUAUAGCUGUUCAAUCAGUGGUCUUCUUCUACACCAUUAGAAUUUUUGCAAAGUAGCACCAGCAGCAACAUUGCAAGCAUACGCACAGUCUCAUAGAACAGAGCCAGGUCUCACAAAAAGCUAGAACAAAAAAAAAUGGCGUUUAUACUUGAAAUCAUUGCUGGUCCAAUUGUUGAAUGUUUGCUGCCUCCUGUCAAGAAAAAUCUGGGUUAUCUUUUUUCCUCCACAAAACAUGUGAGGAACAUGAGUGCUAAAAUGAACCAACUGGAUGUUAUAAGCAUUGAUGUCAAAAAUCACAGGGACGCAAACAAUAUAAAGAAUCUAGAGAUACCUGAGCGUGUACCGGGUUGGUUGGAAGAGGUUGAACAGAUUAGAAAAGAUGCUCAAAGCAUUUCAAGUACUGAGAGUGGAUGUUUUAACAUAAUAAUGAGGUACCGAGCAGGAAGGAAGGCAUGUAAGACUACUGAGGCGAUCGAAAGUCUUAUUACGGAAAAACUUCAAAUGAGCUGGAGUGAUGCUCAAAAACCUCUUGGGAGAGUGCAUUCUAAAAUCGCAUCUUCGGAUGGUGAUGCCCAAAAUCACUUCAAAUCAAGAGAGAAGCCUUUUAAGGAUGCGCUCGGGUUCCUUCAACAAAAUCAGAUGAUAGCCCUAUGUGGAAUGGGUGGUGUGGGAAAAACGACCAUGAUGGAACAGCUGAAAAAGCAUCUGGAAGGUGAGAAAAAGUUUGAUUUGUUUCUAAAGGUGGUUAUUGGGAAAAAAGAAGCGUCUGCUAUUCAGCAAGCUUUGGCAGAAUGCGUAAGUCUAUCUCUAACUGAAACAGAUCCAACAAGAAGGGCAGAACGUCUUGGUAUAGCAUUUACAGAGCUGGUAAAACAAAACAAAAAGGUUUUAGUGAUAUUAGAUGAUGUAUGGGAGUCGAUCGAUCUCAAAGAUAUUGGACUAAGUCCUUUUCCCAACAGCUUCAAGUUAUUGCUGACAUCACGAAAGGAAAAUACUUGCAAGCAAAUUGCAGAAAAAUGUAAUUUUGAUUUGAAAGUAGUUAGAGUGGAACUCAUGGAGGAGCUAGAAGCACAAAAUUUCUUUUGGAAAAUCAUAGGAGUCGCAAAACAAAAUGAUCGGGAGCUCAAUCAAAUUGGAACAGAGAUUGUGAGAGAAUGUGGGUGUUUGCCCCUUGCCAUUAAUCUCGUUGCCAGUCGUCUUAAGUUUGAAGAAAAGGCUGCAUGGAGAGAUACACUCCGCCGUUUUCAGAAUAAAAAUCUUGAUUAUGUGCAAGAAAGUGUUAAGAUAAGCUAUGACUAUAUAAAAGAGGAUGAGGAAAAAGAGAUCUUUCUUCUUUGUGGUUUGUUUCCCGAUGACUUUAAUAUUCCAAUCGAGGAACUCACAAGACAUGCAUGGGGCCUACGGUUGUUAAAUGGAGUUUCUACUUUGGGAGAGGCUAGAGACAGGACAGAGACGUGUGUGCAGAGUCUCAAAAAAGCAAAUUUGUUGAUGGAAUGCGAUGAUGAUGGGUGUGUCAGAAUGCAUGAUCUUGUGCUCGAUUUUGUUGUAGGUAGAGUUUCUAAGGGUGACCAUCCAUGGAUAAUCAACCAUGGUGAUAAUUCAAAGUGGACUAGUGCUGGAACCAGUGAGUCUUGUAACAGAAUUUCUAUUACUUGCACGGGUAUGUCUGAGUUUUCUAGUGAGUCUAAGUACCCAAACGUAUCACUUUUGAGACUUAUGGAUGGAGAUAAGUCGCUUAUGUUUCCUGAAGAUUUUUAUGAAAGAAUGGAAAAUCUUGAAGUUAUAGCGUACGAAAAAAUGCAGUAUCCGUUGCUCCCCAGAUCACUUCAGUGCUCCACCAAGCUUCGGACACUCGUCUUCCAUCGAUGCACAUUGAUGCUUGAUUGCUCUGUUAUUGGUGAACUCUUGAAUUUGGAAGUGCUCAGUUUUGCUUAUUGUGGCAUCAGAAAGUUACCAUCCACAAUCGGAAAGUUGAAGAAGCUAAAGCUACUGGAUUUGACGGGCUGUGUCAAUCUUCGUAUUGAUGAUGGUGUUUUGAAAGAUUUGGUCAAUCUUGAAGAGUUUUAUAUGAGAGUUGCUGAUGAAAAGGCAAUUAGGUUCACAGACAGUAAUCAUGCUGAAUUAGCAAAACUUUCAGAGCACCUUUCUGCAUUAGAAGUUGAGUUCUUUGACAACGGUACACCCGAGAAUAUGCUGUUUACUAAACUCAAAAGGUUCAGGAUCUCUAUGGGAUGUGGUUUAGGAGACAAUCCUGGAUUAAAGAUGCACUCAUUUGAAAACACGUUGAUGUUGGUCACUAACAAAGAUGAGCUAUUGGAAUCUAGAUUGAAUGAGUUGUUUGUGAAAACAGAGGUGCUUUAUCUAGAAGUGGAUGGUAUGGAUGAUUUUCAUCAACAGUCGUUUAAUAAUCUAAGAGUCCUUGAUGUCUUCAAGUGUGCAAACUUGAGAUUCCUCUUCACAGUCCCUAUUGCAAAUGGUUUGAUGAACCUUGAACGCCUCACAGUUUCACAGUGCCCUGUUCUGGAAGUACUUGCACAUAGUGAGAAUGGUGGAGAUGGGGCAAUUAGGUUUCAGGGGCUAAAGUUUCUAUCAUUGAAGAUGCUACCAGAGUUGAUAGGUCUUUGCAACACUGCUAAUGUAAUUGAGCUACCACAGCUGGUGGAGUUGAAACUUGAUGGCCUUCCUAAUUUCAGUAGCAUUUAUCCUGAGAAAACAUCUGCAACAUCUUCUAUGUCCAGUAAUGUCUCUGCAAUUCAACCUUUCUUCAACAAAGGGGUGUUGAUUCCUAUGCUGGAGAAAUUGGAGAUUUUGAGGAUGGAUAAGCUGAAAGAGAUAUGGCCUUAUCAAUUUAGUAGUAGUGACGAAGUUAAUGCCUGCAUGUUGAGAGAGAUUAGAGUGAGGGAAUGUGAUAAUCUUGUGAAUCUGUUUCCAACCAAUCCCAUGUCUUUGCUGGGUCGUCUGGAAAAGCUGGAUGUUUCUAAUUGUGGAAGCAUUGAAUUGUUAUUUAACAUCGACAUGAGUUGUGUUGGUGAAAUUGAAGAGUACAGUAGCAACUUGAGACUCAUUAAAGUACAUAAUUUGGGGAAGCUAAGAGAGUUGUGGAGGAUGAAAGGUGAAAGUAGCUCUGAUAUCCUCAUCCGUAGCUUUCAAGCUGUUGAAAGUAUACAAAUAUACAAUUGUGAGAGGUUUGUAAACGUAUUCACACCGACCGUCACCAAUUCUGAUGUGAGGACACUUAUGAAUGUGAGUAUAGAUGGUAUGAGACCUUGGGAAGAAACCGGGAGUAACAUUGAAUUGGUUCAGAACAGCCGGGAGAUUAAUGUUAUAUCCAAGGCAGAGAUCAUUUCAGUGGUGGAUGGUAAUAUUCCUGACGUUGAAUCCUCAAUUCAUCCCAAACCUUUUCACGUUAAUCACCUUCAAACACUUUGGUUAAAUGGAGGCUGUAAGGAUGUUGAAGUGGUGUUUGAGAUAGAGAGUUCCAGUAGCAACAGCAGCAGCAGCACAGAUUUCACAACAACUCUGCAUAAAUAUAAUCAUCAACCACCACCACUACUACUUCCCCACCUCAAGGAAUUAUAUUUAUAUGAUAUGGAGAGGAUGAGUGAUGUGUGGAAGUGCAAUUGGAAGAAACUUGUAAUUCCUCAAAACCAAUCACAAUCCUACUCAUUCCACAACCUCACAACCAUACAAAUAUGGAAUUGCAAAAGCAUAAAGUACUUAUUUUCACCUGUCAUGGGCAAACUUCUUCCCAACUUAAAGGAGGUCUGGAUAGAACGUUGUGCUGGUAUUGAAGAAGUUGUUUCAAAAAGAGAUAUUAAUGAUGAAAAUGAAGAAAUAAUAUCUUCUACUCACACAAACACCAUCUCCUCCUUCCCUCUUCUUGAUCAACUCAUCCUCAGUUCUCUGCCAAGCGUAAAGAGCAUCGAUGGCAGUACUACAAUCACAACUACUUCCAUCCAUGAUCAGUUCCAGUGUUCUCAAGUCGGUGUUGCUUCUUGGUUCUUAUGUCAAUACUCCAAAAAGAUUGAUAUAGUGGAGUGUCCUGCCCUAUCAAGAGUGUUUCCAUCCAAUGUAGUGGGACAACUGAAUAAGCUUGAAGAGUUGAUAAUAGUAGAAUGUAAGUCAAUGGUGGAGAUAUUUGAAAGUAAAGAAAUAAACAAAGAUGGUGUUGAUAGUACUACGAAUGUUGGUGAUGGAAGUGAUGAUACUUGUACUGCAAUCACCAUCCCAAGGUCUGCAAAUAUGACUCUGCUUCAAUUGCCCAACCUGACGAUAUUGGAAAUAGAAAGAUGUGAAGUAUUGGAAUAUAUAAUCACAAGUUCCACACUUGAAAGCCUCAAGCAACUCAAAGAACUGACUGUAAAACAAUGCAAGGCAAUGAAAGUGAUUGUGAAGGAAGACACAGAGCACACAGAAAAAUCUAAAUCUAUUAUAGUCUUCCCACAUCUCAAGUCCCUUACACUUGUAGAUUUACCAGAUCUCAAGGGUUUCUUCUUGGGGACGAAUGAGUUCAGGUGGAAAGCAUUGGAAAAGGUUAAGAUUUAUGGCUGCCCACAAAUGAUGACUUUCACAUCUGGUCACUCCAUGACUCCGAAGCUCAACUACAUACAUACAGAAUUAGGCAAGCAUAGUCUUGAUCAAUAUGGCCUCAACUUCCGUUUGACCAAUGCUACACAUGAGGAUGAGACUCAACUCCCUAUGUGCUCUACUCCAGAUAUGAUAAAGCUAGUUCAGUUCCCGUGGUCUUUUUCAAAUUUAGUUGAAGUAGAUGCACAAUGGAAUGGCAAAUUGUUGGAAAGCCGCGUGAUUUUUCCAUGCAAGGAGUUGCUUAAUUUGAAGAAUCUUGAAAAGCUUUCUAUUACCAAUGCAUAUGAAUCUGUAGCAGAGGAGGUAUUUGAAGUAGCAGAAGGGACAAAUGAAGAUGUGGAUAUUGAAACACAAUCUGUUGUGGUAUUUGAGAAGCUAAAAGAGGUGGCUCUGGAUGGACUACGUAACCUGAAACAUAUGUGGAAGAGCAAUCGGUGGAUAGUGUUGAACUUUCCAAACCUUACAAAGGUCUCAAUUAAAAGAUGUCGAUUUCUUGGACAUGUUUUCACUAGUUGCAUGGUUGGUAGUCUAUUGCAGCUCCAAGAGCUAAAAAUAAGUAACUGCGAGAGUAUGGAUGUGAUUGUGAAGCAAGUUGAAGAUUCCGAAACCAGACCGACUACUGAGGUUGUGUUCCCUUGUCUAAAAUCCAUAACACUUCACAACCUUCCAAAUCUCAUGGGAUUUUGCCUGGGGAAGGAGGCUUUUGAAUGGCCAUCAUUAGAUACUUUGAAAAUCAAAUAUUGUCCAAAAAUAACAGUUUUCACAAAUGGGCAAUCAACUACUCCAGAGCUAAAGUUAAUAGAUACAACUUUUGGAUUGUGUCAUGUAACAGAAGACCCCAACUCUUUUAUAAAGACCUAUCAACAAGAGGGAUGGGAGUUCUAGAGGAACAUUUGAAUUCACAUGUGCAGUUUGGCUCAUUUUGAAGUCAGCUAUAUAUAUAUAUAUAUAUAUAUAUAUAUAUAUAUAUAUAUAGCAUAAUAGGCAUCUUCUGAUUUCAAACAGCCCCGCCACCACCUUAUGUCCCUCAGUACCCCCUGGAACUUGUAUCUUGUGGUGGCUGGCGGUUGUUUCUGGUGGUGGAUUUGGCCAGAGAAAUUUCCAUGUGUAACCUUUUUUUCCAUGUGUACAUACUUAAAGAAAAAUUAUCUGUUUUCAAAAGAAAAACAAAAACUUGGUUGCCUUCUUGAUGAAUUAUAUUUUGUCCUUCACUCACAACUUUACCCUGUAAAUAACAUAAACAUACUUUUCUUUACUAUAUUUUAAUCCCCUGUUUUAGGAUAAA